AGCAUAAAAGAACUAAACCAGCCCUUCACUUUCUUUUCCUUAACCACUUCUACGAGCCAAGCAAACCAUGAAGGAAACCGAAGUAACAGAAUCAUGGAACCAUAUUUUCAUCUUUGUAGUGCAUCCCAUCAUCAUCAUCAUUGUCUUCUUGUACUCCAUCAAUUUAACCAUUUGUGAUUCAAUUAGUGCCCCUUCAGAUACAAUCCUCCUUGAUUGCGGUUCCUCUGGAGAAUCAUCAUAUAACGGAGCACGAUGGAUAGGUGACAUUGGGUCUAGUUUCUUGCUUCCAAAAUAUAGCAAAAGUUCUUCUACUCUCUCGGUUUUGAACCAAUAUCACAAAAGAGUGCCAAAAAUACCAUACUCAACAACAAGAAUAAUUCAUUCACCUCUCAACUACACUUUCUCCUUCACCCGGAGCCUCAAAUUCAUUCGUAUAUACUUUCUAUCAGCUUCAUAUUUAAAUAUGAAUCCUUCUAAAGCCUAUUUUUCGGUCAAAGCAGGUUGUUACACUCUUUUAAGUAGUUUUAGUCCUUUUGUUGCUUCACAAGAACUCAACUUAGCUUAUUUCACUAAGGAUUUCUUGGUCAAUGUUGUGGAAGAGAAACUAAACAUAACCAUCAUUCCUUCUUCUCUAAUUUCCAAUGCAUUUGCUUUUGUAAAUGGCAUUGAGAUAUUCUCAGUGCCCUCUACUAUAUAUUUUCCAGUUUCCAAUUUUCAUGUUCCUUACCUUGGGCACCAAGAAUUAAAUAUAAGUGAUCAUCAAUAUGCUCUUGAAAUGCUCUACCGGGUUUCUAUCCAUGAAGUUGAAAAUGUAUUUGGGGCAUGGGUAGAAGAUUCAGGCUACUUAUAUAGUUCACUUCAUGGAAGUGUUCUUGACAGUAGAAUUCGACCUCUUUCGAUUACUUACAACACUUCCACUUCAUUUGAUUUCAAUUAUUCGGCUCCAGAAGAACUAUAUUGGAUUGCCAGAACAAUGGGAAGCAACCAAGAUGCCAACAUGGAGUACAAUUUAACAUGGUCGUUUCCUGUUGAUUCUGGAUUCAAAUACCUUGUUAGGCUUCAUUUCUGUGAGAUCUCCAUGGAGGUAACUAAGGUCAACCAAAGGGUGUUCAAGGUGUAUAUCAACAACCAAACAGCAGAGGAGAGAAUGGAUUUGGUUGCUUUGGUUGGUGCACCAUUUGUUGCCUUCUACAAAGACUAUGUUGUUAUGGUUCCUAGGGAAAGCGAGAGGAGGAGAAAUAUGUCGAUUGCGCUUCACCCAAACAUAGCAUCAAAACCCAAGUUUGCUGAUGCCAUCUUGAAUGGCAUAGAGAUCAUCAAGUUAAGUGACAGUAAUUUUAAUCUUGCAGUUAGUUUCCCAUUGAAAGAGGAACACCAAAAGAAGAAGAGGAAAGCUCCACUUGUGAUUGUUCUUGCUUGUACUUCAGCCGUUGCUUUUGCAUUGUUUAUUGCUAUUUAUGUUCUUAUCCAUCAAUCUUGUAAGAAACAAAACAGGGAAAAUCUUCAAGUACUCUCUUUGAAUGCUACUAGAGAAAACUACAAAAAUAUGCAAGUAAAAAUGACCUCAGGUCAUCAGUGCUAUCAAUUCACAUUAGCAGAGAUUAACAUAGCCACUGACAACUUCAAGGAAGAUCAAGUGAUUGGGGAGGGAGGCUUUGGAAAGGUGUACAAAGGCAUAAUAAAUGAUGGAGUCACUCCUUGCGCUAUAAAGCGAUGCAAAAAAGGUUCGCAUCAAGGAUUUAAGGAGUUUCAAAAUGAGAUAAGCUUUUUCACAUUUUGUCACUUGAAUGUGGUGUCACUCAUAGGCUUCUGCCAAGAGGAGAAUGAAUUGAUACUUGUGUAUGAAUACAUGGCUAAUGGCAGUCUUUGUGAUCAUUUAUACAAGAAACAGAACCAGCCACUUUCAUGGAAUCAGAGACUGAAGAUUUGUGUUGGCGCGGCACGAGGUCUACAUUAUUUGCAUACUGGCACAAGGCAGUCAAUCAUUCAUCGCGAUAUCAAGUCAGCCAACAUAUUGCUGGAUCAUCACUUGGUGCCUAAGAUUUCUGAUUUCGGGUUAUCAAGAAUCAUUCCCUUCUCUUCCCACACGCAUGUUACCACUGAGGUGAAGGGUACCUUUGGAUACUUAGAUCCAGAGUACUACAAGAGGAGAAAAUUGACUGAAAAAUCUGAUGUCUAUUCGUUCGGCGUGGUUUUGUUCGAAGUGUUGUGUGGAAGACCAGCAGUGAAACGUGUCGAAGUAGAAGAGCAAAGUGAGAAGGUUGGUUUGGCGGAAUGGGCCUUGCAUUGCCACCAAUGUAGAAGCAUUGAACAUCUAGUUGAUGCGAAAUUAGAAGGAAAGAUCAGAUCAGAUUGCUUGGUGGCAUUUGUAGAAAUUGGCAUCCAAUGUUUGAGUCAUAGGAGUGUAGAAAGGCCAACAAUGGGAGAUGUUCUUAGUAAAUUGGAGGAUAUCUUGUCCUUGCAGGAGAGUUUUGAGGAUCAAGAAAUAACCAUGUGAAAUAAAAUAUCUGGUGAAAAAGAACAGUUACAUACUUACAUGUAAUACCAUAGUAUAUGCAAUUAGUAUUGCAUCUAAUUCAUUCAUUUUUUGGGA